AUGCAGAAAUCUGGCCUGGACCGGAGCCUGGACCGGAGCCUGGACCGGAGCCUGGACCGGAGCCUGGACCGGAGCCUGGACCGGAGCCUGGACCGGAGCCUGGACCGGAGCCUGGACCGGAGCCUGGACCGGAGCCUGGACCGGAGCCUGGACCGGAGCCUGGACCGGAGCCUGGACCGGAGCCUGGACCGGAGCCUGGACCGGAGCCUGGACCGGAGCCUGGAGGAGGAUCGUGACGUUUUUUCUGACGCAGGAAAAUCCCAGAGAGUCACGAUGACGAAUCACGAUGAGUCAUUGAUCCAUUAA